GCGGUUGUUUUUGCUACGCAGCGCUCGUGCCGGUUGGUCAGCUGACCGUCGGCCGGUCUGGUGACUGUUCCCCUGAAGCCCGCACCCUGACCCGGACUCCAGCACCACCAGGCCGAGUCCGGACCCUGUGUACCCGAGACCGGAGCCCCUGACCCGGCCUGCUUCCUGCUGCGCCCCGUUAGGAGGAUCUCCUGGACCAGAUCCCGACCCGUGCACCGAGAGGCGGAUCAUCACACCCCGGACCCCCCGGACCCCCCGGCGGCCUCAGGCCCCGGCAGACCCCCCUGAGUGAUGUCCGUGCUGGAGCUCGCCCUGCAGGGCCUGGCCGGGUUCGGGUUCUUGCUGUUCUUCGUGCUGUGGAUGAUGCACUUCAUGUCCGUGAUCUACGUGCGCCUUCACCUCCACAAGAAGAGGUCAGAGGUCAAACAGCCGUUCAUCCAGCUGGCAGGAGUCUCUCUGCUGAAGCCUCUGAAGGGGGUCGACCCAAACCUGAUCUCCAACCUGGAGACCUUCUUCACUCUGGACUACCCCAAGUAUGAGAUCCUGCUCUGCGUCCAGGAUCAGGACGAUCCGGCGGUGGACGUUUGUAAAAAGCUGUUGGGGAAAUAUCCGAACGUGGACGCCCGGUUAUUCAUCGGGGGGAAGAAGGUCGGAAUCAACCCCAAGAUCAACAACCUGAUGCCGGGCUACGAAGGAGCCAAGUACAGCCUGGUCUGGAUCUGUGACAGCGGCAUCAGAGUGAAACCUGACACCCUCACAGAUUUGACCAAUCAGAUGACGGAGAAGGUCGGGUUGGUCCACGGGUUGCCGUACGUUGCAGAUCGCCAAGGCUUUGCCGCCACGCUGGAGCAGGUGUACUUUGGGACGUCCCACCCUCGCUCCUACAUCUCGGCUAACGUGACAGGGAUAAAGUGCGUGACGGGGAUGUCGUGUCUGAUGAGGAAGGACGUGCUGGAUCAGGCCGGUGGAUUGGUGGCGUUCGCUCAGUACAUCGCCGAGGAUUACUUCAUGGCUAAAGCUAUAGCUGACAGAGGAUGGAAGUUCUCCAUGGCGACGCAGGUGGCGCUGCAGAACUCCGGGUCGUACUCCAUCGGCCAGUUUCAAUCCCGAAUGAUCAGGUGGACUAAGUUGCGGAUCAACAUGUUGCCGGGUACGGUGCUGGAGCCGGUCUCUGAGUGCUUCCUGGCGAGCCUCAUCAUUGGCUGGGCGGCUCAUUAUGUGUUCAGGUGGGACAUGAUGGUGUUCUUCAUGUGUCACUGUCUGGCCUGGUUUAUAUUUGACUACAUCCAGCUGACAGGAGUUCAGGGCGGUCCUCUGUGCUUCUCUAAGCUGGACUUCGCCGUUGCGUGGUUCAUCAGGGAGUCGAUGGCGGUGCAGAUCUUCCUCUCGGCUCUGUGGGACCCGACCAUCAGCUGGCGGACGGGACGCUACCGCCUGCGCUGCGGAGGAACGGCGGAGGAGAUCCUGGACGUGUAGCUCCCACGGUGACCCCCGACCUCCUCUGGGGAGGCGGGAGGAAAAGACUGAUGUUUGUUUUUGUUUUUUUAUGAGGAAAAGUGUGUGUGUGUGUGACUGUGUGUGUGUGUGUGUGUGUGUGUGUGUGUGUGUGUGUGUGUGUGUAACUAUUUAUGUUCCUUUUGGUGCUAAACUAAACAAUGCCAGAACAAGCCAAUAGAAAUGCAGGAAUGAUAAAACUAGAGAAACAGGGGAGUAAUGCGUCGCACUGAAUCCUCUGAUCUUUGAUCAGUCUAUGAAGAAGAGAGAGAGCCAAUCAGGAGAGAGGAGUUAAAGAGCAGUCUCCUGAUUGGCUGAUCUUUUCUGUGUCCUCGUAGAUCUUUGAGUCUGAGGUCCUGAAGGAGGAACAGAAACUGAAAGGGUCUCUGUGGUCCGGAGAGAGUCCUGGACCCUUGUUAGGGGUAGUCAGGCUGUGAAUGAGAAACUCUUUAAAGAUAAACACCUGACCUUUAUCGUCCAAUCAGACGACUUCAUUUCAAAACAGGCCUCAGUCAGACAUUUGUUUACGGGACACAAACGCAUCUUUCAGAACUUCAAUAAACAACAUGUUUACUUCUUCACUCUGCUCUGAUUGGCUGUUCAGCUUUCAUUUGAACCCCUCCCCUUUUAACCCCUUCAGCACUGAAUGAGUCAGUAUUCUGUCCGACAUUUCACCAGAUUCACCGACACCACAAGCAAGUAAACAAGUAAACACACAAACAAGUAAACACACAAACAAGUAAACACACAAACAACAAGUAAACACACAAACAAGUAGACACAGGACCAAAAAACAAACAAAUCAACAGAAGAAGAACAUUUCUGAACGUUUGUUAAAGUCUGAACACUGUACUGUGUGUGUGUGUGUGUGUGUGUGUGUGUGUGUGUGUGUGUGUGUGUGUGUGCGUGCGUGCACGCACGCGUGCGUGUGUGUGUGCGUGUGUGAGAUGGCGGAUGUUUUUUAAAGCUGUGUUGCUCUACUGUUAGCCUUUAGCUGUUAGCAUAGCAUCAGGAGGUUUGGUUGAUGACAUCAUCUUUGGGUCGGACGAACCACUGUCGCUGUCGUCCAAUGAGAUCAGUAGGAUUUGUCUGUUUUUUUAAAUUAUCUGCUGUAGUCUGCGAAGCGACCAAUCACAGAGGAGGGUUGUGUCAACACACGAACAAUAAAGUUUUAUCCUUUCAAA